GCUUGCUACAUAGUUAUAAUUUAUUGAUCUAUGAAUAUGAUAUACCUAUAAUAUAUAUUUCAAUGAGGACUGAGGAUGAGUGAAUAGAUGAGGAGUAUAAGUUUUCUUUGCGUGCGUUUUAUAGCUUGCAUAUUUAAACUAAGAUCUAAGAUUUUAUCAAAGAAUUACUUUUGAGUUUACAAAAGAAUAUAGUAGUAUGUGAGUUUUUCGUUUUGUGUGAUUUAUCAUGAUCACUUGUGCUGCUUGUGUAGUACUCGGUUAUUAUUCACGGUUAAGGCAAGGAAGAGAUAAAACAUCCAGAAUGUUUCUUUUCCCAGAUUUCAUCCAUAUGCAGGAAACACUGAACAUAAGUGUUUUUAUAUAAAUAAAGGAGAAAGUUGCUGCGUUUGGGAGCUGUGCAUCACAUUAUUCUUACAGACCAAGGAACAAGAAAUUACUAUUUUGCCCCGGCACCUCAUCCCACCCCAACAUUUUCGAUAUUAUGGAGGAAGAAGAAUUUCAGGGUGAUUUUGAAAUUCGAAAACGAAAAAAUGCUAGCAUAUUUAGUAAGACAAGAAAAAAUUAUGGUUUGUUUAUACCCGGGGAUAUUGACACAGAAGAUAAACAAUAUUUCAUAAGGAAUAUCUUACGACCAAGUCCACGGGACGUCAGUAAUGGAGUUGUACCCGUACAACAGUUCACUUUAACAAGAAGUUCUAUACUAAAAGCUAUCGAGGAUCAAGCCAAACGGAACACGAGCCUGGCAGACAAAUACUUAGAUGUAGUUAUUCGGAAUUUUCUUGGUGAAUAUGACUAUGAAGUUCCAAUAUCAUAUCAUGAAAAACUUAUCAACGCUGUGCUUGAAGGAUGGAAAGAUUGGUAUGAUAAAUGUCCGAAUUUCAGAGAUUCACCUUUGUUGUACCUGUGUUAUAUUUGCGAUAUGGGCUGGUGGAGACUGCACCCAUUUCGAGAACAUAUUCAGGAACAUGACGUUGAAUCACUUGAUAUCAAACCGGAACUGAUAGAUAAUGAGUUUUGCAUGAUAGCAUGUACUAACCAGAUAGAACAUAAAAAACCCAAAUUAACUCAGAACCUAAAAAUUUGUUCUGACUGCUGGAAAUGUGGCAAGCCGGCCACGUUUCAUAAUUUCAAAAGUCAAAAUACAACAUAUAAAUGUGAGGGUUGCGACAGCGAACUCGUAUCGUGCACCAAAUUGUCACAGCAUGAGAGUGUAUGCAAACAAUAUCUGGAAAUGAAAUGUAAAAAAUUAGGAAUUGAGAUGAGUGAAUUCAAAAUAUGUCCUGUGUGUUUCCGUUGCUGUCUAACUCAAAAACAGUUUGAUGUUCAUAUGAUUGAACGGCAUUCAGUUCGUUCAGAUGAUCCGAUUUCAAAUGAAACAAAGAUAUGCACCCGUUGCAAAAUAAAGUAUAUUAUUUAUAAAUACCACGGCUGCCCAGCAAGAUACAAAAACACAAAGUGUGAAUUCUGUUUUAGAAAAUUCACAACAAGGUCCACCCAGUUAAUGCAUAUGAAAUUGACGACGGACACAAACUGUAAAGUUUGUGGCGAGGUUAUGCGUGAAUGUAUGCUUUUGGAGCAUAUGCUGCAUCACUCGAAGAAUUAUAUGCUUUUACACUGGUGUCGUAAAUGUAGCAAAAAUGUAUUACAUGUCAAUGAAGUUUAUUCUAACAGUCAUAUGAAGUUUCAUGGAAAAUAUGUGAAAUUAAAAGAAUGGAGUACAAAGAACCUUAAUUUCUACGGUCCAGCCGUUUCGGAGAUUAGCCCGAACAAACAGACAGACAGACAAAAAAUUUUACUAUUGUGUUUUUGUUAUAAGUACCGUAUAUACUUUCACAUACAUUUAGUUAAAAGCUGUUAUUUUUACAUUACAAACAGAUACUUCAAUUUUAUUUAUUUGUAUAGAUUUAUGGGAACAACGUUUUUGCCUACCGAUCGACCCUUAUAAAUAUUUUUUUAUAGGAUAAGGGUGACAAGCGAGCACACAGUCCACCUGAUGCUAAGUGGUUACUGUGGCCCAUAGACAUCUACAUUUAUCUUCGUUUGCUAAUCAAAAUGCAGAUGCGUUGUCAGCUCACGGCUGCUGGCCUCUUUUCCAGUAUAAAGGAUCUCCGGUUCUCUACAUUCACCAUACGAAACACAGCAGCAUUAAGCUGCCAUUUACGCUGGUAUUUUGUGAGAGCGUGGUCCUUCCCCGGUCGAGCCGACCCAUUCGUGCUACAACUAUACAAUUAAUAUAGCUGCAGCAUGGCUCUACCACGUAUGGCACGUUGGCACGAAUAUGUGUGUGCGCAGUAAAAUCAUUUAAAAUAAUGCAUUACCAUCCAUUUUGGAUUUAAAAGAGAAAAGGACGGAAUGUUUGUGAUAUUUUGUUAAUUAAUUUUUCUUUACCAUUUGUCUAUAUUACUUAUUUUGAAACUUCUCUGCAAAUAUGGCCGGUUAAUGCAAAAUAAUCCUGCACUGCAAUAUAAUCAAGUCGUACGCCGAUGUCUUAUCUGCGUUGAGACUGGCAGCCGUGACCGAAAUUCUGACGAGGAUAUAAUUAAUUCUUCAAAAUAUAGUUCUUAAUAAAAAAUAGAAAUGACCGGUAAGCAUGUUCUGUCGUAAAAAAACUCAAACCGAUUUUUUAAUAUGAAUACGGUUAUGCGACCCCUAAACCAUUGGACUUUAGCUUGCCCGACACUUGCAGUACAACUUGGCCAAAACAAUUAUGACAUGACAAACAAGCAUGACAGGAAUGCGUUUUCGGCGCCCGCACCCCGGCUCUAUCCCCGCGCUGACCAAUCGCCGUUCCGGUUUUCCCUCCCUAGUUCUAAUGACAUCAUUGCUGUCAUGCGCCUAAUUCAUUUGGUCACGUUGUAGAUUCUUUUAUUUUUUAUUUUUAGCAGCAAAAGGAAAAAACGGAACCCUUAUAGGAUCACUUUGUUGUCCGUCUGUCUGUCUGUCAAGACCCUUUUUCUCAGGAACGCGUGGAGGUAUCAAGCUGAAAUUCAUAUCAAAUACUCAAGUCUACUGUCCCUUGCAGCUGUGAAAAAAAUCAAACUUCUAAGCCAACGCAAUCAAAAGAUACAGCCGUUUGUGCCGCAAAUUUUCGACAUUCGGAAGGGAAUCAAAACCUACAGGGUACUUCCUGUGAACUCAGAAUCUUAAAAUCUGAUGUUGCUACCAUUAAAAUGUGUUACUGGUGAAAUUGUGGACUCCACAACAAUUAUUAAUGUACCAAAGAAAAAUUUAGCAAUAUUCAUGAAUGGACUAGAAGAUGAGAAAAUAAUUCACAUUACGUCAGACGACAGUGCUAACGAGAUUAUAAACCUCGAUGAAGAUUCUGAACCUGAGCCAGAUACUACGGAAGUUAAAAAUAAUGAAGCAGACGAAUGCGAUCUGAAUACACUGCAAAAACAAUUAGACGCGGAAAUAGAGAAGGAUGUUGAAAUGGAAGCAGAGAUAUCUAAUGUUUUUAAAGCAUCGAAAUACUACCAGAGGUACUUGUUAAAGGAAAAUGAAGAGCCUAUCGAGGACUAUCAGUUCAGUGCUGACAGUCAUAUUAUAAGAAAACCUGAUGAAGCAACAGUUAUGCUGGACUCUGAUUCAGAUGAUGGCAAUAUAAACGGAGAAUCGGCAUAAUUUACAGAAGACAAUUUGGAAAUUGUUACUUCUAAUGAAAGACAAGAAUGUGAUUUAGAUUACGAAGCGAAAAAACAAAAGAAAAUUGUAUUUUAUCCUUGUGUAAUAAUAUGUUGUAUUUACCCUAUUGCAUUUAUAGGUAUUUAAUACAAUAAACCAAAACAGUAUUAAUAAAAAUAUGU